CAAGAACGCCCGAUGACAUACUUCGACAUCGCGAUCGGCGACCGCCCGCUCGGACGCGUCGUCUUUUCGCUCUACAGCGACCUCGUGCCGAAGACGGCGGAGAACUUCCGCGCGCUGUGCACGGGCGAGAAGGGCACGGGCGCGGCGGGGAAGCCGCUGUGGUUCAAGGGCUCCGGGUUCCACCGCGUGAUCAAAAAGUUCAUGAUCCAGGGCGGCGAUUUCACGGCUGGGAACGGCACGGGCGGCGAGUCGAUCUACGGCGAGAAGUUCGCGGACGAGGCGUUCCCCGUUAAGCACGAGAAGCCGUUCCUGCUCUCCAUGGCGAACGCGGGGAAGGACACGAACGGCUCGCAGUUCUUCAUCACGUGCGUGCCGACGCCGCACCUCGACGGGAAGCACGUCGUCUUCGGCGAGGUCAUCCGCGGCAAGUCGAUCGUCCGCGAAGUCGAGAACUACCCCACCGCGUCGGGCGACGUGCCCACGACGCCGAUCACCAUCACAGACUGCGGCGUCCUCCCGCCCGACGACCCCUCCCUAACGCCGAGCGGCGCGGCGCCCGACGGCGACCGGUACGAGGACUACCCCGACGACGACGACAGCGACGUGCAGGACCCCGCGGUCGCGCUGCGCAUCGCGCGGGAGCUCCGCGAGGUCGGCAACGCGCUCUGGAAGGCGGGCGACGCGGCGCGCGCGCUCGCCAAGUGGCAGAAGGCGCUGCGCUACCUCGACGUGCACCCGGUGCUGCCGGAGGACGCGCCGGAGGAGGUGCGCGAGGGCCACGCGGCGCUGCGUGCGCCGCUCCUGCUGAACUCGGCGCUCGCGGCGCUCAAGGCGCCCGGGGCGCCCGGGGAGAACGCGCAGACUGCGCUCCGGGCGACGGAGCGCGCGCUGGCACUGAGCCUGAGCGACGCGGAUCGCGCAAAGGCGCUGUACCGCCGCGGACUCGCGUUUGGGGUUGUGAAGGAGGACGAGGAGGCGGAGGAGGCGCUCGCGGAGGCGAGCCGGCUGGCGAGGGACGACGCGGCGAUCGCGGGGGAGCUGGAGCGGGUGCGGCAGCGCAAGAAGGAGAGGCGGGACAAGCAGAAGAAGGCGUUCAAGAAGAUGUUU